AUGGAUAAUGCUACCAGUUUCGACAAAAAAGAUAGUAAAAAACAUAUAGAAGUUAAUGAAAAUAAUGAAAGUAACUUAUUAACAAUAUAUUCAUUUAUUAGCAAUUAUGUACUUAAAGAAGAUAUUAGUUAUGAGGAAGAUUAUAAUAGAUAUGAAUUAUUAGAAAAUCAUGAUUUAGAAAAUAAAUAUUUAGACAAAAAAGUAAGUUUUAGUGAGUAUAAUGAAAAACGAUAUGAUUAUUAUGUAGAAAAUAAAUAUUGCGACAUCGAAAACGACAAGGAAAAUUAUGAUGAACAGGGAUGGGAUGAAGUAGAUAAAGAAUAUGAUGAUGAUGAUGACAAAGAAGAAGAUGUUUAUUCUGAUGAUGAAAAUGAUGACACUGGAGAUCAUACAAAAAGGAAUACCAAUGAAUUUUCUCUAAAAAUAAAUGAAGAAGAUGCUUAUAUAGAUAAAGAUUAUGUAAAGCAAGAUUUAGAAUCAAAUCAAUCUUUCCAAUUAAAAAAAAACACACAUAAAACAAAUAGUAAAAAUAAAAAAAAAAAUAAAAAAGGAGAAAAAACAAAAAGGAAUAAUAUUUCAUCGAUGAAUAAUAAUUAUAAUAGAAACAUAAACGAUAAUUAUAAUGAACGACUUAAAAGAAGUAUUAAUAAUAUAUCCUCUUAUUUUAUGCUAUCAAUGGAAAAUUUUAAUGACGAAAAAAAUAUGUUUAAAGACGAAAAACAACUAUCCAGACAAAUGUCUUAUUAUAAUGAUGCAUAUUAUUAUACAUCCGAAAUGAUAUAUAAAGAUAAUAAAAGACAUAAAGAGAAACUUGCAUUAUAUUUAAGGCUAAUGUCAUUAUUUAUUAAUAUAAUGAUCGGAAUUUAUUUAAUUUCAUAUUUCCCACAUACCAAAAGUAAUGAAAAUGGAAUGGAUGUUCAAAAUAUGCAUUUAAUGGAAUAUGAAAAUUUAAAAAAUGUUAUUAAAAAUAAAUUAGAAAGUAAAAAUACCAUGGUAGGUAAUUUUAACACAUUCUUUAGCAUGAGUCAUAUUGAUGUGUUAAAAAAUAACCAAAAUAAGCAAAAAUAUUUAGAUAUGCUUUUUAAAAUUAGCAAAAAAUAUAAUAACAAUAAAGCAAGCAUUAAUCAAAAUGACUAUACUAACAAUCAAAACAAUGACAAUGCAAAUAAUUCUGAUAAUAAUAUCGAGAUAAAUCGUGGUACACAGAUAGACAAAAAUAAUAUCGAAGUAAAUAAAUUAAUAAGAGAAAUGGAUAUCAUAAAUUUAAUAGACAACACAUAUGUUAUGGAUUAUAUUUAUAUAGAAAUGAAUAAAAUAUAUAAAUAUGUUGUUUGCUCAUUUUUUGGAGAAUUAUUUGUAAUAUCAAUUAUUGUCUUCUCAUUAUUUAUAUUAAAAUUAUUUAUAAAGGAUAAUAACAAAUUUAGUGUUAUAUUAACAAUGUAUGGUAUUUUUUAUAAAAUAUUUUGCUAUAUAUUUGCUCAUUAUGUUUUAGUUAUGGGAUUAUAUAUCUUAUCAAUUUAUUAUAAUAUAUAUGUAUAUAGAGAUAUAUAUGAACAUAGUUUUAAUUUUUUCUGUUAUCAUUAUGUAUAUAAUAAUAUACAUAUACAUUUACUUAUGUUAUUUUAUGCAUUACAAAAUAUUGUCUUUACAAUAAAUGAUACCUUCAAUUGUCUCAGAAUGGCAAUUAUAAUUAUCAAGCAUGUGAUAAUCAAAAUAUAUGAAAAAAUUACCUGUAAAAAUUUUAUUACAUUUUAUGAAUUAGAAGAAGAUAAAUCACCAUUAUCAUUAAAUUGUAUGAACAAAUUUAAGUGUAAACAUUGUUUAAAUGAUAAAUGCUGUAAAGACAAAAAUUGUGGAGAAAUUGAUAUUGAUGAAAUUCACCAAUUUGAAUAUGCAAAAACGAAAUUCUCGUUUACAGAUAUAAAUCAAAAACAAUAUUGUAAAAAUCUGGAUAUCAAAACAUAUGAGCAAUCCCUUUUGAACAUGCGAAAUCCGUUAUUUAAGUAG